AUGUCCACUUCAAAAAGUGCCUCUGAAUUUCGAAUACACAAUGACACAACGGCUGGACGUGCUGCACUGCUCAAUCUGGCUGCACUACCCCUUCGCCCCACAGGGAACAACUGCCAACAGCUCCUUGGCAGCUGCCCUUUGUGCCAAUUGUACCAGAGCUGACAGUUUACUCAGGCUCUGGGAAUGCUGCUGGGAGCUUCCAAAAGUCCCCAAUGUCCUUGCCUUGCCUUCCGAGCUCUGGGGACGUAGUUGAGGAUCUUCUGCACUAUUUCUCUAGGGCACAUGUCUACAACCACAACAAUAAUAGAUGGCAAGAACGGAUCCAUUCCCUCAUCAUCCAUGAAAGUGGGAAAGAAAUCAGUUACAGAAGACCUAGUGACAACAUUCAGUUCACCAGCAGCAUGGAUUCUCGUCGUUGCUCUGAUCGUUACCUGGUCAGCAGUAGCUAUCGUAAUGUUUGACUUGGUGGAUUACAAAGCCUUUGCAGGCACCUAUUCACAACAUUGUGAUGAUCCCUGUUUACCACCUGGAAGAUCUGUUAACAAGCUCAGCACAGAACCACUGAGAAUCAUUCAUGAAACAUUGGAAGAAUCCACUGAUUGGCUCUAUGGCUUUUUUUCUUUACUGUCUGACUUCGUAUGGAGUGAUGAUGAUGACAGUGAUGAAGGUGAAGUGGAACCUUCUGUACAAAAAGAAAUUCAAAAACAGAAACCAGAGAGACAUGAAAAACGAACACCACCAAAGGCAAUUCACAGAGACAAACCUGAAAAACAAGAAAAAACAGAGAGAAAGGAACCCCUAAGGGUGACACAAAAAGACAAACUGGACAGACAAGAAAAACCUGAAAAAAGGGAAAGGCAUCCAGCUAUUCAAAAAGAGAAACCUGAAAAGGCAGAAAAGGCAGAAAAGAAAGCACCUUCUAAAGUAAUUCAAAAAGACAAACCUGAAAGACAUGAAAAAGCUGAAAAGAAACCUCCUCCCAAAGAGGAAAAGAAAGUGAAGAGCACUAAAGUGGAAGCAAAAGCUAAAAAGGAGGUGAAGGAUGGAAAAGGAGAUGCAAAAGUGGCUGAGAAGGCCAAGCAGGCAGAGGCUAAAACAACAGAAGUUGGGCUGAUAAAGGCCAAACCGAAAGUUAAGGAGGAAAAAGCUCUUCAGACUGUAACUAAAUCGGAAAAGAAAGAUCAAUAUGCAUUCUGUCGCUAUGUGAUUGACAUGUUUGCGCAAGGGGAGUUUUAUCCAGCACACAAGGAAAUGAUGCCACCUCCUCUUCUUCUGGAACACAGUCCAAGAAAGAAACCAGCAGCUAUUGAAGGCAAGAAGGAAGAUAAGAACAAGACUGACGCAAAGAAGGCCAUGACUGAAACUAAAAAGAAAGAAAAAGAAGGGAAAAAAGAGAAAGCUCAUGAGAAGACAGCUGUCCCUGAAACUAAAAAAGCAGGUAAGAAAUGGCAUGAAAGGCACUCUAUAAGCUUGGAGGGUUUUUUUGUUACAGAUAAAAAAGAAGCUGCUGCAACCAAAGAACUCAAAAAGCCAGCAAAAGCUCCUGCAGCCAAUCCAGCCAACAAAAAAGCAGCAGCACCAGAACCACAUAAGAAAGAAAAAGUGAUGGAAACUGCAUCUGUGGAAAGUCAGAAGUCAAGAGCAUCACCUGAAAGGAAGGAAGCAAAAACAACGAAGGCAGCAGAGCAAGGUAAAAGGAAAACAAAGGCAGCAUAUCCUGGCAAAGAGAAAGAGUUGAAAUCUUCACCUGCUGCAAAAGAUAAAGAAAAUCCUAAGGAAAAGGAAGGAAAGAAUCCUACAUCUUUAAAAGAUAAAGAUUCUCUGAAAGGAAAAAAUCCCAAGAAUCCAGAAGGGUCAAAAGAAAAAGAGACUGGUAAAAGAAAAGAUGUGAAGCCUCCAGCAGUCUUAAAGGAAAAGGACUCUUCAAAAGGAAAAGAAGCAAAGACUUCAACUGUGACUAAGGAAAAAGCUGCGGUGAAAAAGGAGGGGGAGAGGAAAGCUACCUCAGAGAAACCUCAUGAACACAAGCAUGAACGUAUCAAACAUGACAAAGCUGUCUCUCAGACUAAGCCAGGGGAGAAAAUAAAACAACAAAAGACAACUCCAACUGAGAAGUCAGUCCAGGCAAAGCCAGCAAAGCAUGAAAGAGUCAAGCAUGAAAAAGGAGUUCCACCUACAACGCCAGUCAAGCUGAAAACCACUGCAAGUACGUGUCGUGUCUUGUUUGCUGCAGAACACAAACCACCUUUUCAGAUGCGUGAGCUCUUAUUUUACAUGUCUGCACUUUUGUCAUGCCAGACAGAGCUAUUUUCUUCCACGAAAAAGACAAAGACAGCUAAAGAAAAAGAAGAAAAACCAACUGAGAAGAAACAGCUGAAAGAUGGAAAAAACAAAGGAGUCCCACCAGCAAAAGAAGCUCCACGACAUCACAACCUGACAUCAGCUCCUGUCCGCUACUUCCAAUGCAUCUUCUUAAAUGGACCUAAUGGAUUUGGACUGCAAUUUCCUAUCAAUUCUCCAUCAGACAUGGAAGAAAAACCUCACUCAAAGUCUUCCAAGAGAAAGACAAGGAAACCAGGGCAGUAGAAAGACUGAGUCCUGUGAUUGCCCAUGUUUUGCACUUUACCUUUUCUGCUGAGUCCACAGCAGCUACAGUGGUACUUGGCAUUGCAAGGAUGUGAUCCACAUGGACACAUGUACCAGGAAAAGGUUUCCAGGAGGCAGAGGCAAAACAAGCAGUAAUGAACUGGGUUUGGCAAAGGUAGAAAUGUAAAAGUGCCCUGGUCCUCGUGGAAAGGUUGCAGUGCUGACAAAGCCUUGACCUGGUUGUGUGAGUGUGUGUGUGUUUUCCUGCCUCUCUUGCUCAUUUUCCUUUACCUACCUGCUCAGCAUUGAAGUGAGUCUGGUUUGCAUUAAAUCCUAUCUAGGGAGUGAAAAAGGUUGAAUGUAGCUCUUAUAUCAACAGGAUUGCAAGGCUACCUGCAAUCCUAAAUCAUUGCUUCUUAACGUUCUGUCAAAUUGCUGACAGGAGAAAGCCUCACUAAGUCACUGGUGCUAUUUUUAUGUCUCAUUGACCAGUGUGGCCUGAAGCUCACACUCACUUGGAGCAGCUCCACAGACUAUCAGUAAGUUGACUCCACAAGUCAUGUCAAUGAUGAAUAUUUCUCUUUAACUUGAAGCAGUAAAAACAUGGUCUGUUUGCCCUGCUUCUUGGUGAAGCACAAGCUCUUUACAUCCUAAAGUCCAAAGUAAGCAGAGAAAGUGAAACAACAUGGCAAAAGUGAGGAAAAUCACCAUUUUCCCAACAUGAAGGUCCCAAGAGACAAACAAAACCAUUUUAGUGCUUCUGCUUUUCUUCCAUGAUUAAAUCAGAUUGACUUCAAGUGCAAAUGGAGAAUAUAGCAGCCAACCAUCUCCUGUUGGCAUAAGUCAAGUGAAAA